UUACAUUUCAGUCAUGCUAUUUCGAUGUAUUUAAUAAACAAAUACGCGAAGGAUGACUCUCUCUACCCCAGUGAACCUAAACUAAGAGCCAUUGUUGAUCAACGUCUGCACUUUGACAUUGUCUUCCAAGGAAGUAAGAAAAUGACCGAUGAUGCCGUAGAAAAGAUCAAAUCUGCGUACGAGUUCACAGAGCAAUUUGCAACCAAAAGCUGGUUUGCAGGAGAACAGUUCACAAUUGCUGAUAUCUGCUGCGUAGCAACUAUCAGUAGCUUGAACGAAAUAUAUCCUAUUUAUGCUCAGAAGUAUCCUCACUUGUAUGCCUGGUUGAAACGUUGCUCAGAGUUGGAUAUUUACAAGAAAAAGAAUGCUUCCGGUAACAAAGAAUUGGGAGAAAUAUUUAGCAGCAAAUUAGCAUAA